GGUCCCCGAGUGCCGGGGGGGUCUCGGGGGGCCGCGGGUGAACCCCGAAAUUUGGGUUUUCCCAGGAGGAAGAUGAGGUGCCCGACGACGAAACGGUGAAUCAGAUGAUCGCCCGGCACGAGGAGAUGUUCGACCUCUUCAUGCGCAUGGACCUGGACCGGCGGCGGGAGGAGGCGCGGAACCCCAAGCGGAAGCCGCGGCUGAUGGAGGAGGACGAGCUGCCCUCGUGGAUCCUCAAGGACGACGCCGAGGUGGAGCGGCUCACCUGCGAGGAGGAGGAGGAGAAGAUGUUCGGCCGCGGCUCGCGGCACCGCAAGGAGGUGGAUUACAGCGACUCCCUCACCGAGAAGCAGUGGCUCAAGGCCAUCGAGGAGGGCACCCUGGAGGAGAUCGAGGAGGAAGUCCGGCAGAAGAAAUCCUCACGGAAGCGGAAGCGCGAGCCCGAGGGACCCCCGGGACCCCCGGCGGGCGCCCGGAGCCGCGACAAGGACGAGGAGAGGAGCAAGCAGAAGAAACGGGGGCGACCCCCGGCCGAGAAGCUGUCCCCAAACCCGCCCCCCCUGACCCGCAAGAUGCGCAAGAUCGUCGACGCCGUCAUCAAGUACAAGGACAGCAGCAGCGGGCGGCAGCUGAGCGAGGUCUUCAUCCAGCUCCCGUCCCGCAAGGAGCUCCCGGAGUACUACGAGCUCAUCCGCAAACCCGUGGACUUCAAGAAGAUCAAGGAGCGGAUCCGGAACCACAAGUACCGGAGCCUGAACGACCUGGAGAAGGACGUGAUGCUGCUGUGCCAGAACGCCCAGACCUUCAACCUGGGGUGGCACCUGGGAGAUGACCAGGAGUGA